AUGCAAACAAUUACUUUCGAUCCAAACUUUUCGGUAUUUGAUAAAAAGUUCGUUAUCCCAAAUGGAUAUUCUCGCUCUGUUGAUAUGAAACCAUUAGAAGGUGAUCAAUUCUGGCCUAAGCAACAUAAAUCUUCCAAUAAGCUUAAAAAAAUUAUCUCAAAGACAUUUAAAUCUCUUAAACGCAAAGUAUUCCGCAAACCAAAAGAAAUCGCUGUAGUCAAAGAAAUCAUGGUUUCUGAAAUUACAUCAUUCUCAACUGAUGAAGAUAUAAUAGAAAUUGAUGAAAUUGAUGAAAUUAUUGAUAUUUAUUCCUCAUUUCCCGAAUCGUUUCCGGAUAAAGAUGAAUCUAACUCGUCUAAUACCGUCGAAUAUGAAGCUUCCUUCUCACCUACAUCUACUUUAAUCGAAAAUUAUAUCAUUGAUCAUAUCGAACACUAUUCUACGAAAUGUUAUCCAAAAGAAACUAAAUCAAUUCUUUGUAUUCCUUAUGAAGUCGCAAAAAGGACUUCUAUUAAUAUUAAUGUACCUCGUAACAUUUCUAAUUGUGAGUUAAGAUCGUUAAUCGAAAAAAAACUUGCUUAUCCUUUGAGAAAAGAUCACGUUUCUGUUCGAAUCGAUAAUUUUUAUGGAGAUUCUAUCGACAAACACGAUGAAAGGAUAAAUGAUAUUGAUUUUUUAUAUUAUUUGAUAAGGAUAAAAACAUCAUAUUUGAUUGAUAGCAACUUUAAAUUUAGACGAUCUUCUAUAUUUCUUGAUUAUAUAAUAGAAUUUAUAGAAUUAAUUUUUGGUAAGACUUGUUAUGUUCAACAUGGUUGA